GUGAAGGGGUGGGGUGUUCGAGGUCAUUCAGACCCUCUUCGACUCACUCUAUCAGCGUGUGUUUGAGGGGUCGGGCGGCUGGUGAGGAAUAGUAGCCGGGCGGUUGCACAUUUCAGACGGAAUUUGAGAAAGACACACCGCCGAAAAAUUACACCAGAGGCUGAAGAAACCACCCCCGGUGACGACUUCUGUGAAAUAUCUCAAUGCUGCGUCUGCGCCACACGUCCAACUAACAGAACGCAAACCGGCUACUAGACACUAGCCAAGCUAGCUUCAUCCCUGAAAACUGACGGCGUCUGGCUUGUGAUAGCUAGCCUCCCAGCUAAUUAUCCAGCAGCUAACAUCAUUUAGCGUGCUUCUUCUCGCGCAAGUCGAAACUACAGCAGUCGCUCGCGUUGGAGCCGUUUAGCUCGCGAGCUCUGAAUCUCACAUUUGGACAAAAACAAAUAACGGUCCCCCCUCCACACACUCCUUCCUAAACUAAACUGCCUGCCAGGGGGGACAGCAUCUGCGUUGCGUUGCUUGUUGUGACACCCAUCACACCCAUCUCCCCCAACCCCUUCACCUCUGCCCCCUCCACCUUUUUUUUUUCUCCUCCUCCACCCGAAACACUGGAAAUCCAGAGGCUGCCGGAGAGCGGCGAAGGGCCGGUGAAGCUGGGGGUGGGAACGGCUCCGGACUCGCAGGGAGUCGCAACGGUUACGGACGCCAAGCACAGCCGUGGGGAUCUAUCGAAAAGCAUGGACGGGCUGGCCGUGGAGGUUCGCGGCUCGAACGGGGCCUUCUACAAGGGUUUUAUCAAAGAUGUCCAUGAAGACUCACUCACUAUUGUAUUUGAAAACAACUGGCAGCCUGAGAGACAGCUGCCGUUCAGCGACGUGCGGCUGCCUCCUCCAGCUGACUACCACAAAGACAUCGGCGAAGGCGAGGAGGUGGAGGUCUACUCCAGGGCCAACGAACAGGAGCCGUGCGGGUGGUGGUUAGCACGGGUCAGGAUGAUGAAGGGGGAGUUUUACGUAAUCGAAUACGCAGCUUGCGAUGCCACAUACAACGAGAUUGUCACGUCGGAGCGCAUCAGGCCUCUGAACCCCAACAGCCCCGCCUCUCGAAACACGUUUCACAAGAUCACCAUCCCUGUCCCAGAAGACCUGAGGGACAUAUGUGCAAACGAUGCCAUUCACAAAGACUUCAGAAAAGCUAUUGGAGCCAACUGCAUCUUCUACAGCGCUCAAACACAUGAGCUCAUUGUCCUGUCCACAAACGACACAACGGUAAAGCGUGCAACACUCCUGAGUGACAUGCAUUUUCGCAGCAUCCGCACCAAGCUCAUCCUAAUGUCCCGCAACGAAGAAGCCACCAAACAUUUGGAGACCAGUAAGCAACUAGCAGCAGCGUACCAGGAAGAGGUCCGAGUCAGAGAGGACCUGAUGGGCCUCGCCAUCGGCUCCCACGGUGCCAACAUCCAGCAGGCCAGGAAGGUGCCUGGAGUGACGGCCAUCGAGCUGGAGGAGGAGAGCUGCACCUUCAGGAUCUACGGAGAGACUCCUGAGGCUGUGAAGCAGGCGAGAGAAUAUCUGGAGUUCAAAGAAGACUACUUCCAGGUUCCCAGGAACCUUGUAGGCAAAGUCAUCGGAAAGAACGGCAAAGUCAUCCAGGAGAUAGUGGACAAGUCGGGCGUGGUCCGCGUCCGGAUCGAGGGAGACAACGACAAAAAGCUUCCCCGUGAGGAGGUAGGCAGGCAGGGGGCUGGCAGAGACGACACUGCCAGCAGCAAAGAGGGCAUGGUUCCCUUUGUGUUUGUUGGAACUAAGGAAAACAUCAGCAAUGCUCAGGCCUUGUUGGAGUACCAUGUCUCCUACCUGCAGGAGGUGGAGCAGCUGCGCCUCGAGCGCCUCCAGAUUGACGAGCAGCUCCGUCAGAUCGGGGUGGGAUACCGCGCGGCCCCCAGCCGGCCUGCUGGCCCCGCAGGGCCCGGUGGCGACCGGGAGAAAGGUUACAUGACGGACGAGAGUAGCAACUCUCUCCACGCCUCGCGUACGUACGGCGGGCGUGGCCGAGGACGAAGAGCCUCCAACACCCAGUACUCUGGAUACGGCACAAACUCCGAACUAUCAAAUGCUUCCGAAUCGGAGGACGUCAACGACCGCGAACUGAGGCCCCGUGGCAUCGGUGGGGACGAGAGAGGCUCCAGGCGGGGAGGCAGGGGCCGAGGUGCAAACUCGGGACGGGGUCGUGGUGGCCCCGCAGCCAAGCCCUCCAACUCAAUUAGCUCAGUUCUGAGGGAUCCAGACAGCAACCCGUACGCUCUGCUGGAGGGAGAGGGCGAGCUUGCAGACGCCGACCUCAGUGAGGGCAUGGCGGGGGACCGCCACAGACGCUCCCGCCGGCGCCGUAAUGACCAGGAGCCCAGCGUGAUGGACGCCGCCACAGAGUCGGACAAUCAGGCCGGCCCCAGUGAGAACGGACUAGACGAUGAAGCUCGACCUCAGCGUCGCAACCGAAGCCGCCGGCGCCGUAACCGUGGCAGCCGGCCAGAGGGAGGGUCGGCCAGUCGUGACAGACAGCCGGGAGAAAGUGUGACCGUAGCUGACUACAUAUCCCGUCCUGAGUCCCAGAGCCGACAGAACCUGCCUCAGAAGGAGAACCACUCUGGACCUGAACCCAAGGAGAACGGAACCAGUGCAAAGAAGGAGGAGCGAACGCCCUCAAAGCGUUCUCCUAGCAAAGAGACACCGACUUUGGUCAACGGGGUCUCAUAAGGAGACGAGCCCCCACUCCCUCGCGAACCCAAGUCUCAAGCAAGACUCCAUGGCAAACUGUGUCCCUGCUUGCAUUAACUUAAACCUUAAGAGAUGAAAAGUACCUGACAAAAUACCUGAGUUCAUACUAUGAGAUGGAAAAAGUAUAAAAAACUAAAAAAACAAAAAAAA